GAUCUAUUGGAACAACUAUUCAAGUUAUUCGAUCAAGACAGGGACCAAAAGCUUAUCCAAGAGAGCUGGAUAGAAUUUUUGAAGCAGCGAUUACAUGAUGAGAAGCAAAUCGAUUUUGCCGAGCAAAUCGAGAGUGUCGCCUAUUGUCUGUGCGGAGAUGAAGCUAUCGGAAUAGAACAGUUCUAUCAAAUAUUUUACGCUAAAGGAAUCGUAGACAAGUUAUUCAGAUUGAUAGACCAAGAGAAUUUGGGCUCCGUCAGUGCUGAGCAAGUCAUGGAUUUCUUGGCCAGCAUAACGAAUACUAGACCUCGAACGGGCUUCGAUAAAGGCAGCCUCGAGUGGCUCGAGCAAUUGUUCAGACAGACGGUGGGAAAUGAGAAGGAAAUCCGCAGGGAGGAUUUCAAGAAAAUCGUUAUAUCGAAGAAU